AUGAGUCGCCCAAAGGAUGUACGAGGAGUGCGCCGAUUCCUUGGUGCUGCAGGAUUCUUCCGCCGGCAUAUAGAUGGGUUUGCAAGGUUUGCAAGCAGUUCCUUUGAUUUCUUUGACAAGGAAGAACAAGGCAGUAAGGGCUUUCGACCCAUAGUUUAUGGACAGAAAUUCACUGUGUAUACUGAUCACCGCCCACUGGUGUAUGUGUUUAUCAGGAAGACCAAAAGUCCAAGGAUGUCUCGAUGGUGUAUUGACCUGCAACAUUAUAACUUUGAUAUCUAUAAGAGAGGAGCUAUACACCAUGUACCAGAUAUGAUAUCAAGAGGUGAAAGCUCCGCAGUUGCUGCCGCCACAGAGAUACUGGAGGAUAAUGACCCACUGGUUUUGCAUGCAGAACAGCUAAAGAACCCUACCUGGGCACAGAUAGUCGAGUACCUGGAGGGUGGAUUAGUUCCAACUGCAAAGUUACCAGCAUCCUUGGCUGAAUUUGAAGUUGGGAAUGGGGUCUUGUACCAUUUGCAGGACUCAGGUGACCGGAUUCUUUGCAGGGUUGUUGUGCCUCGCCAUCUAAAAGAGUCAGCAUUACGUCUGCCCCAUGCUUCACCCCUAUUGCCAGCUGAAGGCCACUCCAGCAAAAAUGCACCACUAGCUGCAGCACAGAAGUUGCCCGUCCUCUUGAAAGGGUUUCAGCAGAUCUGA